CGUCGCUUGAUUUACCCACCAAAGCUAACGGGCAAUUUACCUGCCAUAACUAUAGUUUCAUCAGCAUAUCGUGCCAAAGUGGACGAUUACAAAGCUCACUGACAUAUCAAAUAACGGGUUAGUAUUUUCUGCCUUGAUAACUGCGUAAGCAAGCCGCCGCCUGGAAUGUCUCCCAAGCGGCAGCGCGAGGAGGGCAGCACUGCGGAGGGCGACAAGGGUGAUAAGGGGCAGAAGCCUCAGAAGGAGGAGGUGGCGCACCCGCGCAAGCGCUUCUACCGGGCUCGGGCGCACAGCAACCCGCUGAACGAUGCAUCCUUUGACGUGCCCACGCGCCCAGAGGACUACGACUGGUCGGAGCACUACCCCGAGCUAAUGGCAGAGUGGCGCGAGCGGCAAGCGGCCGCGGGGGCAGCAGCAGCAGCAGCAGGGGGUGCGGGAGCAGAGGGAGCGGCAUCAGGGGCUGAGGAGGCGCCGGCAGUGCGGUUCGUGGACAUUGGCUGCGGCUUUGGGGGCCUGCUUAUCAAGCUGGCCACGCACUACCCUGACACGCUGAUGCUGGGCAUGGAGAUCCGGGACAAGGUGACCGCCUACGUGCGGGAGCGGAUAGCUGCUCUGCGGCGCGAGAGCCCCGGCUCCUACCGCAACGCCGCCGUGUUGCGCACCAACGCCAUGAAGUACCUGCCCAACUUCUUCCGCAAGGGGCAGCUCACCAAGAUGUUCUUCCUGUUCCCGGACCCCCACUUCAAGGCCGCCAACCACCGGCGGCGCAUCAUCAACACGCAGCUGCUCACCGAGUACGCCCACCUGCUGGCGCCCGGCGGCUGGCUGUACACCAUCAGCGAUGUGCCCGAGCUGGGCGAGUGGAUGAAGUCCAAGCUGGACGGCCACCCGCUGUUCGAGCGCGUGAGCGAGGAGGAGCUGGAGCGGGACGUGGCUGCGGGGCUGCUGGCGCUGUCCAGCGAGGAGGGCCAGAAGGUGGCGCGCAACGGCGGCGCCACCUACCGCAACGUCUACCGGCGACUGGCACAGCCGCGGCCGCAGGAGUAGGGGACUGGGGGGAGCCGGUGGAGGUUGUGGCGGGGGGGGGCGGCAGGAGGUGGAGGUGUGGUUGGCGGGGUAGGCAGGUUGUGUUGGUGAGUGGCAUUGGCGCGCGGCUUGUUUGGAGGGCUAGGCUGGUGGCACCGCAACCGACACACAGGCAGAGGGUAGCGGUAGCGGUGCUGCGACUGCAGGACGGUGGGUCAUGGACUCAUGGUGUGGACCACUUUCGUGUUGCACUCGCUUCGUCCGUUCGUCGGACACCACGUGAUGAAUGAGGCAAUGCAGCUGAGCGAGCGCCGCAGCUGCACAUCAAAUCAUGCUGCAUAUCGAGGGCUGAAGGGCGCGGCUGGCAUGAGCCCAGGCGCCCGGCAUACGCUUUGCUGGCAAUGGAGUCAUGGUCUCAUGGACGGCAUGGGCGAGGCCGCGCGUCCAUGUGUAGUGGUGGGCGAUUGGACAGUGUUAAGGCAGGUUGGUGAAGGCCGCGCGGCCGUGUGUAGUGGUGAUGCAGUCAGUCACUGCCAGCUGCUUGCGGUGCGUGUGUCGUGCCCGAGGCUUCCUGCCUCAUCCAUUACCCCACACGAACACACACACAUCCCGCCGCCGUGCACGGACUGGUUGAACUGUUCAAGUGCUGCUCGCCACAGGACCUGACACUA